AUGUCCUUGUCCGAAGAACGCCUCUGGAAGUUCAGGAAACCAAAUUGGAUGAACACUGCUACCGCAAGAAGCUUAGGCGUGUAUGGCUCGGGCAUCUUAUAUUCUUUGGCAUUUUAUAUGCUCCUCGACGUAGCUGUGUGGUCGCAUUCGCAUAAGAAUGGCAGCACCAUCCAUAUCAACUUUACUGAUUGGCUACCAUUUAUCUUCUCAACCCUCGGAAUGCUCAUAAUCAAUUCUAUCGAAAAGACCCGACUUUCGGCCGAUAGCUUCAGCUAUUCGGGUGGAGACGUCGCAUGGAAAGCUCGAGUCGUCCUUUUUCUUGGCUUUGCAAGCUUAGCUGGUGGAAUGGCUGGUGGUAUAGCUGUUUUGGUUCUGAAAUAUGUACUUGGAAAUGCUGUCUGGCCAUCUCUCUACAUGGGAGUUGCAAAUAUCUUCUCUAACGCCUUUGUGAUGCUCAGCUCGGUCAUGCUUUGGGUCAGUCAGAAUUUUGAGGACGAAUACUCGUAUAAUUUGGCUCUAUAG